AUGGGAAACGAAGAUAGCCAACCAAAAUGCCCAGUAGACCAUUCCAGUAGACAAACGUGGCUACUGAGUUUACUCUGGAAGUCAAAUGAAUCAGCGCAGCGCCCACAGGCCAACACAUCAACAUCAACAACGACAUCUCAAUGUCCAGUACCACACCAAGCAUCACAUCCAGCACCUACUCAAGAUCAACCAGUUUGUCCAGUGAGUCCUAGUAGUCGACAGGCAUGGCUUGAUAAAGUCUCCGUUACAGUCACUGCACCAGAUGCAAUCGAGUCUCCAUCUCACGCAUCUCACGCAUCUCGUGCACCAGCAUCAACAUCACCUCCUUUACCCAUUGCUAAUACAUCAACGGAUUCUACAACUUGUGAUUCAUCUGUGCUUAUGAAUGACACCUCUGUAAAAGACAACACUACAUCGAAUGUGGACCUCCCCGUUGAAAGAGAAAUCAGUUCUAUUCCACGUACUUCCUCGCUGUCCAACUGGAUAUACCCUUCGCAAAAACAAUUUUUUGAAGCAAUGCAACGCAAGAAUUGGAACCCUGACACCUCCGAUAUGAAAGUUAUUGUUCCCAUUCAUAACUUGGUUAAUGAACGUGCUUGGAAACAUAUCUUAAUGUGGGAACAGCCAUAUAAUGAACAAGCCACCAAGGAGUGCGGGGGAAUCACUUUGACAUCGUUUAAAGGCGACUCUAAAAAGAUGACACCAAGAGCAUGGUUGAGACUGGUUAUAGGAGGCCAGCAACCACCGUUUGAUAGACAUGACUGGUUAGUUAACCGAUGCGGUACUGAGGUCGAGUAUGUGAUUGAUUUCUAUAAUGGAGAAGAACAAGGCGAUGCAAAUGUUUGGCUUGAUGUAAGACCCAAAUUAAACAGUUGGGAGGGAAUCAAGUUGCGUUGCAUGAAAGCUUUUGGUUUGAGUUGA